ACGUCGCGCAUAGAAUUCGCCACCGGAUGCCUUUCGAAAGGCGUCACGCGCUGGAAGUGUUGUGCCAAGAAGCUCACGCGAAUGACGUACCACAACGCUGGGAAACAUUUAACAGGCAAACCGAUAAUUUUGUUGUUGAAAUAUUAACAAUACUCAAAAUAACUAGCGGAUAUAGCAACAACAGCAAAAAACCGCGCGGUACCUGCGUCAAAGACUCUGAGAAUUCCCAGGGAAGGGGCGAAAAGAUGGCAAAUGAGGCGAAGCCAUGCCCCUGCGAGCUGGGAGACGUGAUGCCCUACAGCGGGCAGGGCCAGGAGGUGCGAGCGGGACAUGUGGAUUCUUACCUAAGUGCGGCUCAGCCUGGUGCUAAUGGGGAAGCCUCGGUUCGGGGCCUCAUCAUCAUCCAGGACAUCUAUGGGUGGAAGCUGCCCAACACUCGCUUCAUCGCAGACUGGCUGGCAGGACAAGGAUACACGUGCAUCGUACCAGACUUUUUCCUGGGGAAGGAGCCUUGGAGCCCCAGCCACGACUGGAGUACCUUUCAAGAGUGGCUCAAGGACAAGCAGGCCACCAACAUCGGCACGGAGAUUGAUGCAGCCAUGGAUUACUUGAAGAAGGAGUGUGGGGUGCAGCGGAUUGGGGUAUUGGGCUUUUGCUGGGGAGGACUGGCCGUUCAUCACCUGCUGCUCACAAACUCUGAGCUGCAAGCCGGUGUCUCCUGCUAUGGUAUCAUUAAGAUAGAGGAGUCCCGUUACGCACUCAAGAAUCCUGUAUUGUACAUCUUUGGAGAAAAUGACCCACUCAUUCCAUUGGACACGGUGCAAUUGCUGGAGAAACGCCUGGUGGCUGAGUGCCAGGUGGAUGUGCAGGUGAAGGUGUUUCCGGGACAGACGCACGGCUUCGUGCACCGCAAGCACGAGGACAUCAGUCCGGCCGACGAGCAGCACAUCAAGGAGGCACGUGCCAAUCUGCUCGCCUGGCUCAACAAAUACGUGUGACACACUCUCACUAAGUCAGCGGUGGCGAUUUAGCUAUGGAGGUGACAUGGUCCAGCGGUCGCACAUUUGCAUAAGUUUGUGAUUUUAACCCAGCAGGUGUAAUAACCAUAAAAUAUGCACCGUCUGCUUUACAUUCGUUUGAAACGAGUAGGCCAUUGUGUGCUGGUUUAAUGGUCCAAAUUUAACAAAUGUGAAAAUCACCUGCAAAUGACCCAAUUGGGAUUACACAUAGCAACAUCGCCGCCAACUGUGAAACUACUGCAGACGAUGUAAAACAAAGUGUCUUCGCAAUAAGAAUGGCACGGAUACCAGUUGUACUAAAAUCUUAAUUAUUGCCAAGUUGGUAACAUAUUUUUUAGUACAAGGAAAUAGCCCAAGUGUCUGAUUAUAUUUUCAAAUGUGCAUAAUGCAGGUAAUCGAUGAACUGGGCCAAUAGUGGUUAAUACAAAACAUUUUACUGCCUUUCCAAUCAAGACUAUCGCUGUGCCAUAGAUACAUUGUUUACUUUUAUAUUUGCCAACAAUAAAACAUCCUAUGUCUGAUAUUCCCACUCCUAAAAAGCUACAUUGGCUAACAGUCUCCCCAUGCAAUCAUAAUAUUGUUUUGAAAGGCAAACUGAAAAGGUAACCAUUGCUUGCAAAAUUAUCUUUUGAAUACAUGUGCAGAGUAACAGUUUUUGCAUAUUCUAUUGUUGUAUUCAUGCCUGAUUAACUUAAAUUAAAUAUUACAGCAUAUAAACAAAG